UCUGUUGCCCAAAGGUGCACUCCCAGAGUGUCGGGAGCACUGGAAGCAAAAAAUUCCAGCUACGAAACACCACGCGCCUGUCCUGAGUGUGAUCGGAGUAAUCACAGGGAAGCUGUUUGUAUCUAAAAUAUAUAAAAUUAUAGUAAUGCCUGACAACAUUGGAGUUUCCACGCUAUGUUUUUACGUUGUUUACUCGCUUUUAUGGACAACCGCAGCCACUGCUGGCAGCCUGUAAUGACGCUUCUGAAAUACACAGAUGGACUAAGAAAUCAAGAAAAAAUGGAGGUGUAAAUUGGACAGACUGGAACUUCAUAUAUUUUCUUACAUCCUGCUGGAGCUGCAUCUUCAAUGUGGGCGUUCACGGAUAACAGGAUUUUAAGUGAAAUUGAAUGAUGGCAUCACAUUGGGUUAACUCUUGUCAAGAUGAUGAGAGACAACAAGCAAGAGCUUCUUUCUGUGAGAGUGACUCCCCAGAGUGGAGAAUCUUGCCUGAUUCUCUUGCAGCACAAUUUACAACAGAAGAGGAGUCGUUCUCGUGGCCAAGGCCUAAAACCGUGCGUUUACGUCGCACGUCCCAAGGGUUUGGCUUCACCCUGCGCCACUUCAUUGUGUACCCACCAGAAUCGACCAUGCACUACUUCCCGGAUGAAGAUCAUGGCCGCAGAGGGAGACAGCGGAAUAGGAUAGAGCCGAUGGACACCAUUUUCGUGAAGCAAGUCAAGGAAGGUGGCCCAGCCCACAGAGCUGGGCUUUGCACAGGUGAUCGCAUAGUGAAGGUGAAUGAAGCAAGCAUCAUUGGGAAAGCUUAUAGUGAGGUUAUAUCAUUGAUCCAAGACAGUGGUGACUUUCUUGAACUUUGUGUGAUGCCAAAAGAUGAGGAUAUACUUCAGCUGGCCUACUCUCAGGAUGCCUACCUCCGUGGCCACAGUAGCUACAGCGGAAAUGCCUGUUACAUUCCUGAGCCACCCUCACUAUGCUACCCCAGAGUAGACUGUAAGCCUACGGGCAUGGCCCAAGCGACGGACUCAGCGGGGCAUGUCUGCCGAGGGCCAACAGCACUUCCUGACCAUGGGUAUCGCAAGGAGAUCACCGUACCACCAUCUCCUCUUCUUCAGUCAUAUCCAAAAAAACAGACAGCGGUGUGCAUGCGCAAUGAAGGCGUGAGGACUGUGGUGGUUCCACCUAAUACAUCCCAUAAGGGGCGCAUAGGUCCAGGACAUAGGAUAGAGUGCAUGGACCCUGUCUUUGUUAGGGGGAGACCUGGGUCACUGGCUCAGUAUCCUCACCCUCGAAAACCAGAUGGCUACCCCAGUGGUCCAGGAAUAGUUUCAUAUGGAGGUCAGGCACAUCACUACCCAGCCAACCAUCAAAACAUUGAUUGGCGCACUUACCAGACAUACAGGGAGUACAUUGACAACAAAGGAAUCCAUUCCCAUGGGAGUCGGACUAUCCAGGAGAGGCUGGACAGUUUGAGAGGUGCCAGUCAGACCACUUUUAGUGCUCAUCACAUUCCCUGGGGAGACUGGGGUUCUAAGGAGAUGCGACGGAGGAGUACCUCCCAUGAACGGUCAUUCCAAGGACCUCCACUCCGCCUUCAGAUUGCCCCGCGCAGUGUCUCGCAGGACCGUGUGAGUGGUGCAGAGAGGAUAAGCCAUGCCAGAAACUGGCCCCCUCGAAGUGUGUCCCAAGAUGGUAUACUGCACAAAGCCCGUGCACAAUCCAUAGACUAUGUCAACCCAACAGAGCUGGCUCGGCCCAGUGAGAGGGGAGGAAGGUAUGGAAGGACAGACCAAAGUACAAGGCCCAGCAGACAGUCUAUGCCCAGACACGCUAUGCUCUACAGGCCUUCUGUCGCAUACAGCGGUGGCACGAAGGGAGCGCCAACCCCUUCUUUCUACUCUAAAGGACCAGAUUCUCUUCAGACCCGCUCCUCACCCAUGAUCUCAGACAGACCCUCGCAUUUUGGAAAGAGCACAAGUGCUGAACAUUCUUUCACUGAGCAGAGACUUUUAGUUCAAGGAAACCAUGCGGGCCACCCUGCCCAACAAAGCCAGAGCAGGAUGCGGGCUGAAACCAUGCAGCCUGUUGAGACAAACAGAGAUCCACUGACAGGACACCGGUCUUCUUCAUGCUCCAGUCCGAAACAGAAGCCUCAGAGGCCUAGCAUCCAUAGACCACCCACCCUAGACUCCCAGAGUCAGGUCAAUGGGCGAAGCCCCACAGAGACCGGGGUCGUUCUAAGGGAGAAGCCACCCUCUGGAAAGAACCCCAGCCCUCUGCGGCAGCCUUCCUAUAUCCUGGCUGUAAAUGACGAUGGAGGAGAUUCUACAGCAGAUGUGGUGGCGUGCUGGCUUCCCAACGAUGCACGUCGAGAGAUGCACAUACGUCGCCUUGAGGAACAACGUCACACUUCCUGCUCUAGCAAUCUGGAUGAGUCUCUCGACUCCAUACCAUUCAUCGAUGAGCCUGUCAGCCCCAGUGUCGACCAGGAGGCCGCUCCUAUUCAACCUUCUGCUGUGAUAUCUAUUGCACCAUCCGUAACUACAGGCCCAUCCACUCCAGGCUCACCAUGCCAUACUAUUCGUCGCCAACUGUCACAUGACCAAGAGUCCCUGAGAAGUGCUUUGCUGGAGUCUGAAUCAACCGGUAAAACAGAGCGGUCCAAAUCCUUUGAUGAGGGUCUGGAUAACUACCAGGAGGAGGUCAGAAGAAGAUCUUCCAGUAAGCAUAUGCCCAGUCUCAAGGGCCUAAGAAAGGCUCUAGAUGGACAUAAAUCAUCUGGGGAUUCUGCAUCUCAGAGGGAUUCCUCUUCAGACGUCUUCAGCGAUUCAUCCAAAGAAGGGUUGCUUAGCUUUAGGCAACUUAAUACAGAUAAAAAUAAGCGUGUUGGAGGUGGGAUGAGAUCAUGGAAGCAGAUGUAUGCUGUUUUACAAGGUUACAACCUGACCCUCUACAAAGACAGGAAGGAUGCCCUGAGUCGCACUUCAACGCAAUCUGACGAGGACCCACUGCGAAUCAGCAUCAAGGCCUGUCUGAUUGACAUCUCUUAUAGUGAUACAAAACGGAAGAACGUGCUGCGACUAACCACCUCAGACUGCGAGUAUUUGUUCCAGGCGGAAGGGAGAGAUGAAAUGCUGUCCUGGAUCAGUGUCAUUCAGGAAAACAGUAACCCAGAUGAAGAGAGUGCCGCUGUAACAAGCCAGGACUUGAUCAGUCGAAAGAUCAAAGAAUACAACAUGAUGAGUGCACCCAGCAGCAGGUCUGAACCCUCCCCCAAAACCUCCCGUCAGUCUCUCAGCAUAAAACAAGCCUUCCGGGGAACUAGAGCAGACAGCAAGAUCUCCAGUCCCCAUUCUCCAAAAUCAGGAGAGGAACGGAGGGCGCUCAAAGAUGACUCCAGUCCACCAAGGGACAGAGGUACUUGGAAAAUUGGUAUUGCAGGAAUCAUGAGGAAGCCCUUUGAAAAAAAGACUCCAGCUGGUGUCACUUUCGGGGUGCGGCUCGAAGACUGUCCGUCUGCACAGGCUAAUAGGUUUGUUCCUCUGAUCGUGGAGGUGUGCUGUAAGGUGGUGGAGGAGCGAGGGCUGGAGUACACGGGAAUCUACAGAGUCCCUGGGAACAAUGCUGCCAUCUCCAGCAUGCAGGAGGAGCUCAACAGCAAAGGCAUGACUGACAUCGACAUCCAGGAAGAUAAAUGGCGGGACCUAAAUGUCAUCAGUAGUUUACUUAAGUCGUUUUUUCGAAAACUUCCGGAGCCUCUGUUUACAAAUGAAAAGUAUGCUGAUUUUAUUGAAGCCAACAGAACAGAAGAUUCAGUAGAGAGAUUAAAGGAGCUCAAAAGGCUGAUCCAUGAAUUACCUGAUCAUCACUAUGAAACUCUGAAAUUCCUCUGUGCUCAUCUCAAGAGGGUAUCUGACAACUGUGAAAAGAACAAGAUGGAGCCUCGCAACCUGGCAAUUGUGUUUGGUCCAACACUGGUCAGAACCUCUGAGGACAACAUGACCAACAUGGUCAAUCACAUGCCAGACCAGUGCAAAAUAGUUGAGAACCUUAUCCAACAGUAUGACUGGUUCUUCAUGGAUGAUGAUGAUGAGGAGGACCCUGUUACCACAGCUGAGCAGGAGAGCACAGUGCAGUCUCAGCCUGUGCCCAAUAUUGACCACCUGCUCUCCAACAUCGGAAGGACCGCGCCUUCACCAGGCGAAGUCUCAGAUUCAGCAUGUAGUGACUCCUCUAAAUCAAAGCAGGGCUUGUGGGGGUCAGGUAAGGAUCAGUGUAGCAAAGAGAUGAUACGCUCCUCCUUCUUCGCCAGCCGCAAACGUAAGAAACCCAAGGACAAAACUCAUCCCAGCAGUUCAGACGAUGACCUGGACGGUGUCUUCUCCAAGAACGAGCUUCCGGAAGAGACCGAGCGGCAGCUUCUGUGGUCCUCGGACAGUCGGACUGAGGAGGAAGGGGAGAUGGAUGAAGCCAGUGAGAAAGAGAAGCACAUGGACAGCUCAGAGGAACAGCUUGAUGAAACCAACAGAGAAGAGUCGAUCUUCAGCAGCCUGAUGUUACAGCCCACUCCCUCCCCCCCUGCAGAACACAUUUCCUCCACCCUUCAAACUGGCUCCCCCUAUGCCUCACCCUCCCAUUCUCCAAACCUCAGCUACCGCAUGCCGAUGGCUCACCAGUCCUCUCUGUCAGACCCGCCCUCCAACUAUGACGACACAGUAUCCGACCUUGGAACGAUGAACAGCACCAGCUCUCAGGCUUCAGUGCCCAGAGUGAGGCAUGGCAGGACAGUGGCUCUGGGUCCAGAGGCAGGCCCCGGCGGGCUGGGAGCUGAGGUUUGCUCCAUUACCUCUGAUUACUCCACCACCUCCUCCAUGACAUUCCUGACCGGAGCUGAGCUCAGCACCCUCAGUCCUGAAGUGCAAUCUGUGGCUGAAAGCAGGGGUGGAGAUGAUGCAGACGACGAGAGAAGUGAACUUAUCAGCGAGGGAAGAGUGAUGGAGACAGACAGUGAGAGUGACCUGUCUGUGUUUACUGUCGGGAAAGCUGGUCAAAGAGAACUGCAGCAAGCUUUGCAACCUCUCUCCUCCCACAGACUCAUUGAAGGUGAUACACUCUCCAGAAAGAAAGCUGCUCAGCAGAAAACUGACAGUGAGUCCUCGCUGGACGGAGCUCGGAGCGAUAAAGAUUCCAACAGGCUGUCGCAUGUUUUGGGGUCGGUUAAAGGUCGUUCUACUGGCAGCCUCAGUUCCUCAUCACGUGGUGAGCUGGAUAAGACAGAGCCUGCAUGGAAACUGAAGAUCACGGACCGACUCAAGGUGCGUCUGCGAGUGUCUGUGGAUGACAUGUUUGGUGUGGGCACUCAGAGGAGCCGGUCCCCGGAGGGCCGCAGUAAGAAAAAGAACAUCAGACGCAGACACACCAUGGGCGGUCAGAGGGAUUUUGCAGAGCUAUCUGUUUUGGGAGACUGGCCACAGCAGCGGUCGGAGCUGUCCGCUGUGGACCGGCUGAAACCUAAGUGCAGCUCUCAGGAUUUCUCCAUCGGGGACUGGAUUGCCCGAGAACGCCACCGCACCAGCAAUCCUGAGGUCAGCCUGGACUUUCCUGAACAGCAGGGGGUGCUGUGCAGCUCAAACCCCCAAGACCUCGGCGCCUCGUCCUCUUCUGAACUCCCACAUUGUCCAGCUGACACGUGGAAUGGGGACAUCCCCCAGAGUAAAAAUCUGAGCCUUUCAGCCACCUCUCACCCACAUAAACUCACCAGUUCCCAGGUGGUCCAUUCGCGAUUCUAUCAGUACUUGUGAGAAGGGUUGGACGUGUGAUUGUGUAUGUUCUCCGUCUGUGAGAUGUGUAUGCACUUAUGUACUUGGGAGUCUGUCAGUAUAAUGUUUGUUGUGUGACCAGUGUUAGUGAAUGAGCAUGCUGUACAAAAAUCUUCUUUAGUGUGUGUCUGUAACUGGUGUGUGUGCUUGUGAGAUGAGAAUUAGUGCUCACAGGGAUCGUUGAUCUUUCUCAUAUAUAAGGCAUGGAACAAAAUGUUGAUUAUACCUUCAUUUCUGUUUUGUUUUGUUUUGUUUUGUUUUUGUUUUGUUU